UAAUAGAUUGGCCCCACCAUGAAGAACACCUUGCAUAAAAAUCAGUCCUAUCCACUCAUCAAGUAUGUGGUCUAACCAUGGAAAUCAAUGCCUAUACAUUAUAAAUAAAAAUAUACAAUUAUGGUCGCUUGAUAGGUGGAUGUGGCUGAUUUUUUUAUAAUAUAAUCCUCACGGUGGGGCCAACCUAUUAGACGGCUUGAAUUUUUUUACUCCUAUGAUCCGUUAGAAUUAAAUUCAUAGGUGGAUGGUAACUUACGGUCCAACCGGUUGGCUUUUAGACCUUAUCCUAAAUAAUUACUUCCACCAAACUUUCGAAUGCAAAGGGUAUCUUGGUAGAUUCUCGAUCAAACGAAGACAUUUCCGUCAUUCCACAUUAAAAAAAAAAAAAAAAAAAUCUAAACGGAGAAGAAAAGGGAAAGAGAGACUGAAAUGCAGUCGUUCACCAACCAUUGAAUCAUCCAAGUGUGAAAUUCAAACAAGUCAGAACUUCCCCCAACCAAAAUCCUAUUUCAAAUUACUAUAUAAAAAUUAAAAAUCCAAUUAUCUUUCAAUCAAAACCUCCGAACAGAUUCUUCAAAACCUCCCAUCAUUCCUUGGACAUGUCUUACUCAAACCCCUUAUAAACAUCAUUUCUACUCAUUUCCCAAUCCCAACGAGAAAGCUCCCAUCCAACAAAAUCCAACAAGCCAUGUUUCCUUUCUCGCCUCGUUUCCUCCUCUUCUCCUUUCUCUCUCUCCUCCUCGUUUCCCGCCCUUGCUUUCCCGCCAGAACUGCGCCGGGAAUCCCGCCAGCAACCGCAACCGUUACCCCCAACAACGGUAACUAUACGUGGCAGGCCUUCGAGCGCUUCCUCGAUGCCGAGCGUGGCAGCCACGUUAACGGCAUCUCUCAGCUCAAGCACUACUUCCACCGUUUCGGUUAUCUUCCGCUCCCCGAUACGAACUUCACCGAUACGUACGACGCACGCCUCGUGUCGGCCGUCAGCCACUACCAAGAGAGGCUGGGUCUGCCGGUAACAGGCCGGCUCGACUCCGGCACGCUCUCGCAGAUCAUGGCCCCGCGCUGUGGGGUCCAGGACACGCAGCGGCGGCACGUCCAUACCACUCGCCACUACGCCUUCUUCCCCGGCAGGCCGAGGUGGGCCCGGCCAAACCCGGAGGCGCUUACCUACGCGUUCUCCCCGUCGGAUAUGAUCUCGUACCUGGACCCGUCGGAUAUCAAGGCGGCCUUCCAGGGCGCGUUCGCGAGGUGGGCCUCGGUCAUCCCUGUCAAUUUCAUCGAGACCGGGGACUACACGUCGGCCGACAUCAAGAUCGGAUUCUAUGGCGGGGACCACGGCGACGGCGAGCCGUUUGAUGGGGUGCUUGGAGUACUGGCGCACGCGUUCUCCCCCGAGAGCGGAAGGUUCCACCUCGACAAGGCGGAGACGUGGGCAAUCGAUUUCAAAUCGCAGAAAUCAAAGGUGGCCGUUGAUUUGGAAUCGGUGGCCACGCACGAAAUUGGUCACGUGCUGGGGCUGGCCCACACGGCGGUUAAAGAGGCAGUUAUGUACCCGAGCUUGAGCCCGAGGACAAGGAAGGUGGAAUUAACGGUCGAUGACGUGGAAGGGGCACAGUCACUGUAUGGGUCCAACCCUAAUUUCAAUUUCAGCUCUUUGGCUGAAUCCGAUACAUCUAAUCAAGGUUUCAAUCUAAGGGCUGGGAUUAAAGGUGGAGGUUUGCUUUGGAGAAUUUCGCUUGGGGUUUUGAUAUUGCAACUGUAUAUAUGAUUUA